CACUACUUAUGUGUUGACUUGCCUCCUCAUGAACACUCACAGAUGGCUCUCAGAUUACUCAGAAUCUAUGUUUUUGAUGUCCUUGCCAGUAGUAGGCUAAGUGUCGUUAUUACAUGUAAAACUAGACCAAACAGUUUAAGAUGUAUUGUUGGGGGGAAGUUAAACUUCAAGAAUUUAAUAUUCUUAACAAGAAGGAUAAGUGCUGUCAUACAUCCGAUGCGGUACAGAUGGUUGUCCCCGUAGCAGCAAUCAGCGACCUCUCUAUCGGAGAACGAGUGACCGCGAUCCUGAGGGAAAAUGGAAGUGCAUCAGUGGCAGUGAGAUUAAACAGUCAAAAGGGAGCAACGUGGAAAAAAAUCAGUCUAACAACGAAUGGCAAGAUUGUAGCAGUUUGUGUUGGAGCAACACAUGUUGCAUUGCUUACUGAAGAGGGCACACUGCUUCAUUGGAAUUCCUCCGAUGUAUCCAGCCUCCCAAAGUGUCUGGCAAACCUUCAAACCAGAAAAAUUGUACAGAUUGCUUGUGGGGACCAUCACUCAGUAGCUCUUACCAAAGACGGGCAGUUAUUCACGUGGGGCCAGAACUCCAACGGUCAGCUGGGUCUGGGGAAGGGGGAGUCCGGCACCCUGUCCCCCCAACCCCUCAAGUCUCUGGUGGGGAUCCCCCUGUCUCAGAUCAGUGCUGGAGGAGACCACAGCUUUGCCCUGUCCCUCUCAGGGGCCGUGUUUGGCUGGGGCAAAAACGGCGCUGGCCAGCUGGGCCUUGGAGAUGAUUCAGACAGAUUCAGUCCUGCCCCUGUAGUCUCCCUUAAUCAGAAGAAGACCAUUUUCAUUUCUUGUGGAGCAGAACAUACUGCUGUGUUAACCAAGGAUGGUUUAGUGUUUACAUGUGGAUCAGGACGCUAUGGCCAGCUGGGGCACAACUCUCUCCGAGAUGAACUACGACCACGACUGGUGGCUGAAUUCUGGGGGUCAAAGGUGUCUCAGAUAGCCUGUGGGAGAUAUCACACAUUGGCAUUUGUUGAGCCCCAAGGCAUAAUUUAUGCAUUUGGAUGUGGAGAGCAAGGACAGCUUGGGAGUGGCCAGACGAACAAUCAGGCUGUUCCUCUACCUGUUGAUCUACCACAAGAGCAAAACAAUGACAACACCAUGAAGAGAAUUUUUGCAGGGGCUAACCAGUCGUUUGCUGUUAGUAGGCCUGGAGAGAAUUGGGUUGCCGGUCAUCCUAAUUUUGAUCCAAUGAAGAAGGCAUGGGAGUUAGAUUUAGAGAUAGCAGACAGAUGGAUCUCUAGCAACCCAAAACAUUGGACAAAGACAAAGAGGAACAUCACAAAGAUUUUCUCAUCUGUCUCAUGUAUCAAUGGGAGUUUUCUUGAAAAAAGCUCUGACAAACAUUACUCGACUUCAGAACAUCAGUGCGGUUUGGAUUUGUCCAUGACUCGCCAGUUUUUUGAGAAGCUGUCACAGAAAGAGAAGGUUCUGAAAGAGGUUGAGAGGGUGGUGCAGCGGCAUCUGCUCCCCUCCCUGAGCCACUGCCCUGCUGGAGUGGAGGCCCUCAGGGUUUACCUCAUCCUGCCUGAGCUGCUGAGGGUGCUGCUCAAACAGCAGCUGGGGACAGACCUCGCUGUCUCAUUGGCUGAGGCCAUUCUCAGGCUGCAUCCUGAUUUGUUGAAGGUUCUUGAGAGCUACUGGUCCAGAAUUGGGUAUUCUUUCUUCAGAACUGUGGUCAAGAACUUCCACUCUGUAUCCAUAAAGUUCUUUGAGCGGAUCAGAGAUGAGAAGAGAGACUACUCACAGCCAUUGAAGAAAACUGUGGAGUUGCUACAGAAGCUUUAUGAAGUUAACAGCCAAAGACACAGUGGACUGAGUGACAGUCAUUUUCAUGUGACGGAGAUUAACGACUUCUUCACAUUUGUAAGUAUUAUUAAUAGCCCCCCACACAGUAGUCAGCAUACAAGCUGUGUAUCACAAGGGUUUUACAAUGUGUUUUUUUACGGCUGGGAACCUGCAGAGCUCAGGCAAUUUAUAAACCUUUACAUGAAAAUAGUCAUGUCUGUAACAACAUUCCCUUGCAUCUUUGACAUGGAUGCAAAGAAGGAUGUGUUUAUGGUGGACAUCAGAAUCAGAUGUUCUUCUAUCAUGCUGCAGACAAAUGGCAACGCGCUGCAUGUAAGGAGACAGACUUUACUGAAGGACGCAUUUGAGUAUCUGCGAAGGAACAUCCAUGACUUUAGCAGGCCAUUGAAGGUGAUAUUCAUGGAAGAAAACGGCAUUGAUGAUGGUGGUGUAUCCCAGGAAUUCUUUAGCCUCUUCGGUGAAGCUCUGAUCUCAGAGGAUUCCAAGCUGCUAGAGAUCUUUGAGGAAUCUGAACUUGUGUGGUUCAUGUCAGAUGAAUGCAAAGCUGUUGACGUUUACAGGGAUAUAGGCACCAUCUUCGGAAUGGCAUUUUACAAUCACCGUCUAGUGAACAUUCCCUUUCCUUCAGCGCUGUUCAAAAAGCUUCUGGGGGAGAAGCCAACACUAAGAGACUUGGAGGAACUGUCACCAUGUCAGGCCAGGUCUUUAGAAGCAUUACUGGAUUAUGAGAAUGAAAUCCUAGAACAGUUGGAGCAAGAUUUCACUGUGAAAGGACAUGAUCUCAUUCCAAACGGGGGAGAGGUUUUAGUGACCAAAGGCAACAGGCAACGAUUUGUUGAUCUGUACGUGGACUUUGUGUUUAACAAAUCCGUGGCACGACAGUUUGAGGCCUUUGCAGAAGGGUUUGUUCGAGCAUGCCCUGCCCAGACAUGGAAGAUGUUCUAUCCUGAUGAGUUAAGGAUACUCAGCUUAGGAGAGGCAGAGUAUGAGUGGGAGGAUCUCAGGAAGAUUGCUGAGUACGAGGGAUGUGAGAGUGCAGAUUUGUUGAUUCAGAAUUUCUGGAGAGUUCUGUUUGAGCUGUCGAAAGAGGACAAGUUGAAAUUUUUGACCUUCAUCUACGGAACAAACCGGCUUCCUAUUGGAGGGCUGGCCAAGCGCCACCUGAUAAUUGUGAAGGUGAACAUGGACAGCGCUGACGAAUACUUCCCCAGGGCCAACACCUGUUAUGGCACUUUACAGCUUCCCAAUUACAGUAGCAUUGACAUAUUACGCGACAAGCUUACUCAUGCUAUUAACUACUGUGAUGUGUUUGGAAUUGCUUAGCUCUAAAAGUUCCUGUCUGUUAGUUAUGCACAGUUUUACUGUUUUAGACUGAUAGCUAAAUUAUUUUAAAUGUCAACGCCAAGCAUUUGUAAAUACUGAUUAAAUAAAUUUGUGUAGGCUAAGAGUUGGCCUGUUGUUUGGUAUCCUUCAAAGUCUACGUGUAAGUCUAAAUUGUAGGCUGGUCAGAAACAACAUGAAUUAAAUGAUCUAACUUUAGUUUAAUCCACAUAGCGAUAAAGCAUUUUGACAUUGAAUGUUCUAAAAACAUAUGUACUCCUACCACAUCACCCUAUUGCACCAUUGUUGUUUUAGUGUGGUAUAUCAAACUGCACAAAUUUCGCAAUUGUUCAGAGAGAUAUCUCAUCGUAAAACAAAAACCAUAGCCUACCUCCUUUCUAACGGCACUUAUGUCACUGCACAAUGAAGUAAAAAAAUAAAUAAUAAAUAGAACAACUUUGAGAAGGCUUGAUCUAUCCAUACUUCAGCAAUUUGCGGUAAUUACAAUAUUUGCGAGACGUGCAACUCACAUCUCCAUGUAGUUAUCCAAGUUGUGAUAUGAACAAAAACAAAGAAAUAAACAUAUAAACAUUU